AUGUCCGCUACAACUACGUGGAAUGUGCCGAGAUACAUGUCGCGGAACAUUUUGUCGACCACACUUCUCAGUGUUUAUAGAAAUGUCGCCCGAGGAGGUUGUGGCUGUGUUAGUGCUGCGUACAUAGUAAUUAUAUCGAGUGUGUUGAAACGUAAGAGAAAGAAGGUGGUGGAUGCGGAAUUUCUUAUUACACUACUGACAAAUGGCAGACUACACUCUGUGACAAAUGGCGCAACACUGACGCGGGACACAUGCGCUCGCUCUCGAGGCGGGAGCAAGCAACAUGCCCCGCGUCACGUAAAAUGUUGA